AUGCCGAGCUUUAUUGGAUAUGCUGCCUAUUCGGCUCGCGCGAUCCAGGCUCCCUUCUUGUGGUGCUCACAGCCAAUUGUGAAGCAGUGCGCCGUGCGCAAUGUUUUGGCCAACCUGAAGACGCUACAAAUACUGGGAAAGCACUGGGCCUUUUCAGAUGUUUUGGGCAAGUUUGCUUGUGGUCUUUACAAGGUGCAUGCGAGCGCCCCAUUCCCGCUGACAGACGAGCUGAAAAAUAUGCCUCCGGAGACCCUACGAGAAUUUAAACCAGCUAAUUCCAGAGCGCGACUUUCUAUCCUGACUCACAAUUCCAUCCUUAUCAACGAGCACGGUUCCACUGUGCAGGCCGCAGAUGAUAUUGAAGACCUUGGUCUGGAAGAUGCAGAUUCUCGGGGACCCGUGUCGGCAGAAGAGAGUAUUGCUGGGUGUAUCUCCCAGAUAUCGCGUGGUGUCGGUGCUGCGACUAGCCAGUUGCCCAUUACGAUCAAUCCGUUCAUAACCGCAGAAACUAUAAACGGUGGUGUGGUGAACAGCAGUCUUGACGGGUCUAUGCUGGGACUAGGCAUGGGACAGAUUGGGCAUAUUGACGACUAUAUUAUGGAUUUGCUGCGCCAAGGAGAACUGUUGCAGCAGGGAGUAUAA